AGAAAGGUAUGAUAAAUGAUAAGGGACAAUGAGAUAAACACCGAGCCUAUCUCUCACACGGCACAUCCAUUAACAUGACCAGCUCUGGGGCCACCGUGAAACGUCGGGUGUCAUGGCGAGAACCCAACCGCCUGACAGACGUGUGGGUGACACCGGAGUCUGGGGAUAAGGGAUGUAGUGGUGGCCUGGGAGAGAAGCACGUGGGUUUUACCGUCAAACCUAACCCCCCUGCUGACGGAGUGGGGAGCGACCUGAAAGAGAUCGGCCUCAUCUAUGGUGGAUCCCUUAUAGCACAGACCCUAAUAGGUCCUGGUAUAUUCACCUCCCCCAAGGGUGUGGUGGCGGGGUCGGGGUCAAUCGCCAUGUCUCUGGUCAUCUGGGCGGCCUGUGGCGUCUUCAGCACGAUGGCUGCUCUGUGUUUCACGGAACUUCGCGAGUCUGUCCGGAAAGAGGGUGUGGAGUAUGCCUACAUCUCGGAAGCGUUUGGGCCAGUCACAGCCUUCGUCUACUGUUGGAUGCGUAUCGCAGCUGCAGAACCAGUCGGAACGGCUGUUUUCUGUGCCGCCUUCGCCGACUACACUGCUGACGCUAUAUACGACGGUUGUGGCCCUCCUGAGACAAUCCGAAAAUGUUUGGCAAUUCUUGCACUUGUUUCCCUGGCCCUGCUGAACGGGUUCAGCAACAAGCUGGCAUCUCAGGUACAGGUUCUGGCGACCGUUGGGAAAGUGACGGCGUUGUCUGUAGUCAUCAUCUACGGCAUCAUCAGACUCUUCCAAGGUCAUUACACGAUCCUGCAGGAGGGUUUUGAGGGCACCACGGACAACCCGACAUCAAUAACCUUCGCCAUAUUCAAUGGUCUCUGGGCCUACGGUGGCUGGUCCAACGUAAACCACGUGACUAGAGGUGUGAAGAAACCCCCAAGAAAUUUACCACGACUUGUGAAAUGCGUCAUACCACUGGUAAUGGUAAUCUACAUGCUCGUGGUGACGUCAUACUUCACGGUAAUGACGAAACGCGAGAUGCUCGCUUCCGAGGCCAUAGGCGUGACAUGGGGUGAGAGGAUGCUGGGCAAGGCUUCUGCAGUUAUACCCCUGGGGGUUGGUCUGACGGCGCUGGGCAGUGCUAACGGGACAUUCCUAACAGCUGGGAGACUGUCAGGAGUCGCUCUAAAGGACGGCAACAUGCCGGAGUUCUCAUCGUGGGUGCAUGUGCGCAGCAAGACCAACAUAAUCACUCUCAUCAGCAGGGCGUUGAUCGCCAUCGUGAUGCUGCUGUUUGGUAGCCUGGACGUCCUGGUCCGGUUCUUCGUCUUCACGGUCUGGUUGUUCCACGGUCUGGCAAUCCUGGCUCUCCUGGUCCUCAGGGUAAAGAACAAAGAGAAAGCAAGACCGUAUAAGGUAAACAUCGCCAUCCCCAUCGUCGUUGUCGCCAUCAUUGCCUGUUUCUCCAUCGCACCCUUCCUGGAGGCACCCAAGACAGAGUUCAUUUUGUCUCUGGCUCUCGUUGUCUUCUCGCUGCUUCUCUACAUACCCAAGAAGUUCCUCAAAAUUAACGGUCAAUUCUCAGACAAGUUCCAGAUAUACCUUCAACUAUUCUUACGGAUCGCUCCUCGGCGAGCCUUGAAACGAAUGUCGAUAGCGCGACGGAAGUCAAUAGUGAGAAGAGCGUCUCUAGCCCUGGCUAGACGUCACUCUAUGCUGAGGAUGGAAGAGGAUUCGAUGCUCCGGAGGAGGACUAGUCUGAGCGUCAGGCGUUCCUCUGCGCCUACCAUCACCAAACCAGCAGGGAUCAUCCGUCGGAGCCACACCUUCAGUGAAGCCCAGAGACCUCUCAGUAUGAUCACGGAAACAUCACCACGGGAGACCACGCCCCCAGACUCGGGUCUCAGCUCCGACCAGGAGACCGUGGAAGACAAGUUCAACUUCCAGGUAGAUGUAGAACCGCAGAACGACGUCACAGAAGGCUCCGUAGGCAGUGGCAGCAUCGCAUCAAGUGACGUGGAAUACGUUGAUCCUUUCGCAGAUCUGGACCCAGUUGUGCUCAACGAGCUGUUUUCUCUGCGAUCUCGCUCCAGCGCAAGCAGUGACAGCUCCUCUUCACUGGACAUGAACGAGACAGCGUCCAUGACAGACGACGACCUCGACGGCUCCGACUCCACCACCAGCACAGAUGACAACUUAGAUUCAGAACUGGACGCGGAGUUGUUUGCUGAGUUGGACUCUUAUCUUGUUUAUGAUGAUGCGUUAUCUGAUGAUGUUCCUUACAUGCAGGUUACCAAGUUGUGAUACCACGUCUAGUAUUGCGUGGAAAAUCAAAACGGUUUGAGUCAGUGGGGUAGUUCGGCUUUUGCAGGUCAGGUCAGAAGAUGGUCAAGGGGGUAUAAAAUCACAUCCAUAAGUACUGCAUUUCAAAUGUAAGAAGAAUUCUACCUGCCAGCGAAUGUAGUGAAAAGGGAUAAUUGAGAUCAAUUCAGUCCCAGAAACACUAAAUACCGAGUCAUUACAUUGGUACCACUCCAAUAAAUCCUCUCAACGUUAUGUUUCACUCUAAGUGAUUUCGUUUCAAGAAGUACAACCUGAUAUUACUUAUUCAUUCGGGCAAAAUGAAUUUGGACAAUAUCAAAAUCAUUGCUGAAUCUCAACGAAGUAGCAAGAAUACAAAAUUUGUAUUACAACUUCUCUAUAUUUCACAGACGAAGACAAAUUUGCCAAGAGGAAAAAUCAAAACGUUUUGUAGGUGAAAUUCAUAUUCAGCUUCUCGUCAUUUGGUCAGUCAUUGCAGCCAAUAGCAAUUUCCAUUGUUAAGAAACUUACAUACUGUUUCAUUCAACAUCAUAGGUUGUAGUUUAGUAGUAUAUGUUGCAUAUAGAUGUUUAAAGCUUGUUUCUUUGUAACCCGUAUCGUAUAGCUUGUGUUUUUUCUCCUUCUGAUGAACCUUAUAGGCUGAAAGGACAGCUAUAUAGUAACACAGCUAACAUUGACGUAACCAGCUGUACAUCGUCCAUGUAGCCUAGGUAACAUAUACAUUGUUGGUACCAGUCGUAUAUUGUCCAUAAACAUUGGUAACAUAGCUUCGUUGUUGUUACCUGUUGAAUAUUGUCCACAUAACCUUGGUAACAUAGCUUACGUUAUUGUUACCAGUUGUAAACUGUCCGCAUAGAAUAGGUAGCAUGGCUUACAUUCUGCAUGGGCGUGCGGCCAAUAUGUUGUAAAUUGCUCUAAUUAAGGAACACAGGUGGCAGCGUGCGGCCAAGUAAAUAAAUUAUGUACCCACAUCGCAUAAAUUACAACGAAAUCAUGUUUUUUUAAGUACGGCUUGCUAACCACAUUUAUUUACAUAGAUAGCACAAUUAAUAUCAAUGUCUUGUUUCCGCUUACAAGAUGUUACGUAUAUAGCAUCAGUAACAUCGUGUUGUCUUGCUGCAUACACGGCACUGGAUUUGUUUCUUGCCACAACAUCGUCGUCAGCCUAAAUGUACGGCCAGGUGACAAGACGUAUAUUGCCUAUAUAGCAUGUAUGUAGCUUACCAUUAACACUCCACCACCCCACUCCCCUGCAUAUUCUAUGUACGGCCAGGUGACAAGACGUAUAUUGCCUAUAUAACAUGUAUGUAGCUUACCAUUAACACCCCCUACAUAUUCUAUGUACGGCCAGGUGACAUUACGUAUAUUGCCUAUAUAACAUGUAUGUAGCUUACCAUUAAACACCCACCCCCUGCAUAUUCUAUGAACGGCCAGGUGACAAGACGUUUAUUGCCUAUAUAGCAUGUAUGUAGCUUACCAUUAACCCCCCCUGCAUAUUCUAUGUACGGCCAGGUGACCAGAUGAUAUGGAUUUGUAUAUUCAGAGAGCAGCUCAUGACGUGUAUAUAUGUUGACACCUGGAAAACACUCACGAAUGUUGUUGAUUGUGUUGUUAUGUUGUUUCUGUUGAGUAUUAGCCAAAAAUGGCAUUCAAGACUUUGCUAAACCAUGAACCCACUGAGAUACUGCUGAUUGCUUUGUCUGCAGAAAACACUUCCGCUUAAUGGUCUUGACGUAUGUCCAGACUUUACCCUCGUUGGUACUGCAAUUCAUUAAGCUACGAUAAACAUGUACCCUGGAUCACGGGGCUCGAUGGCACUGAAUUCAAUCUGAGAAAACCAAAACCAAAAACCAAAACAACGUUAUGCAGUAUUUUUGUUCAUAACAUUUUUAUGAGGGGUUCUGGUAUUUCUAGUAGAGACAAAACAAAAUUGUCUCCACAAUCAAAUCUUUUUUUCUAUUUAUGAAUUGGGACCCACAUAUUUUCGGGAUAUCCGGUGAAGGCAGGGUUAAAACCUGGGCAAAAUAAUUUUUGUUGGGAUAAUUUCUUGAAUAAUGUAAUUUGAUCCCAUAAUUACGCUACUAUAUAUAUUUGAAUAAUGGAGAGUUUAACCGUUUCCUUAAUAUCGCGUAAUAUGAAUUGUCGACGUCUUUAUUAAUGAGAUGUCAUAAUAUCAUUAAGGAUAGUUUUACUAGUCUUUCAUUAUGUUGGAUAUUUUCCUUGAACAUCUAGCCAUGCGGUUGACGUUAACGUUAUAUUGUUGUUUAAAUUGUUAUUUCUGACAUGCAUUAUGAUUUAUGAAACUGUGAUAGAAACCAUUGCUUAAUGUCAUCUGGUUCGGGAAAUACGGAUCAGUUAUGCCGGAAACCGAAGUUAUUCUAAUGUUGCUGUCAAUAGUUUAUCAUAUCCUAUGGUAAAUUACACUAGUUUUCACAAUCUAAAGCAAUAUAUUCUGUUGUCGACACUGGUCUCGAUGAUAGUACUGAAUUUCCGUUUAGUUUCAUGCCCCGUCGUGGGAGAAUUAAGCGAAUUUAUUGACACAAAUGUUUCAAUUUUUGUUUCGAUAACACUGAAAGUAUCAAAGAACAUAUUAAAUAAGUUAAUUUUUAUAGACAAUAUAACGUAUGUAUUGUACUUUUGUAAUCGAUGAAAAUAAAAUGUUCUCAAUUAAUGAGGUCUUUAUAUUUUGAGGAAAACCAAAUGAGAUACGACCUUUAAUAAACUGGUGAUGUUA